UCUUUAAGUCUAUCUGCUCAUUUCCUCACAGUAUCAAAUAGAGAGUUCAAAUUUUUUCUUUAAAGCUUAAGAAACCACUCAGUGGAAACCAAGACUAAGGCUAAUGGUUUCUCGACAAGAAGGAACCCUCUACUCUAGAAAGAGGGAUUUUACAGUCUAUGGAGAAGAGUUUCACAAUUCAUUCAAGAAGAUCAAACAAGAAGAUCAAUCACAGAGCAAAGUACAGAGCACUCUGUUCACUGAACGACCAAACUCGGAGAGUAUGAGAUCAAUUACCUUUGAUUUUGAACUUCACCUCCACACUCCUUUACCAUCAGAUUGGCAAACUAAGGGAUAUUCAAGAACAUCUGAUGAUCAUAGGGCAUACACCAAAGAUCCAGUGAUUGUUGGACAACCUAAGAUGAGCCUAGACCUUGAGCUGAACCUUUCACCUUCAGGUUCACCUUCACGAACCACAACGAUCAAGAAAGAUGAAUACUCCUCAAACCACAAUGAAACAGUAACAUCGUCAAAGGGUAAAGAUUUGACGAACACAAGUAAGAAGAGCAUAAUUGGGACUGGACUAAGUCGAUCUCCGUCCUGGCUAGCUUUUGAAGGUGGUGAUGAUGAAGAUGUUGAUCACAAAGGGCAAGAGAUGGUAACAACAGUUUGCAUGAAAUGCCACAUGCUGGUUAUGUUGUGCACAUCAACUCCUGUUUGUCCUAACUGCAAGUUCAUGCACCCACAUGAUCACAGCUCUACAAAACUGUUUAAACCAUCAAAUUUGCUUAGGCUUCUAUGCUAGGCUCUCUCAAGGUUACUUGAUCUAUUAUAUUUGUACGAAAGCAAAAAAUGAGCCAAGAGACUAGAUAUGGACAAAGUUAUGUAUAUACUAUAAGUACCAAGAAGUUUAUAUUCUCUGCUUCCAUGAACGAUCAUGCUUUUAGAUCUCUCAACCUAUCAGUAUAUGAAUUGAAUUGUACUUGGGAAUAACACGUACACGGAAUU